GUUUUUUCCCCCUUCCAUUGCUGAUAUAUUGAUAGCAAGUGGAUCUCUGUUUCGUCUGUUCGGGAAAUCGAUAGGGUAAAUCCUUCUCAGACUGUCUUUUGCAGCUAAAGAUAUGGUUUCCCCCAAAGGUCGGAAACACCAUGGAGGGAAGAAACUGAUGAAGGCAAUUGUCAGUAACCUGGAUAAGCUUUGUCAUAAGAAAGAGGAUGAUGCCUCUAAAGGAAAUGAUAAUGAUUCAUCAGAUCACAUCUCGGUAUCCAAUAACAAGGACUCCCCAGGUGGAUUUUCCAUCCCCUCUGCUUGUACCGGCUUUGAAGACGGGCUUGAUUUGAUGCAAUCUAGGGACAGAGAAAACGACGAGAUGCCAGAGAAUCUUCCGGGCGGAGUUCUUGUCAAUCAGAAUUAUCUGGUCUCACCCCGUGAACUCAACAUAUUUCUCUUCUCGUCGAGUUCGCAGUUCAGGAGGGAGUUUGCUGAAAUUCAAGGGACAAAAGAUUUACAUGAAGGGCCUUGGAGAAUGAAACCAGGAGAUCCUCCUGCUCUGACUCGGAUUUUGACAUACAUGACAGCUCCAAAAAAGAUAAUGAAGUCUGUCAAAGCUACCGAGGAGCAAGUUUAUCUCAAAGCAACGGGACGAUAUUUUGCAGUUCAUGUUAGUAUAAGCACACCGGAUCUUCUAUAUGGUAAUGCUUUUAAGUCAGAGUUGCUUUACAAGAUCCAACCCGGAACCAAGCUACCUUCUGGUGAGGAAUCUUCUCAGCUGAUUGUUUCGUGGGGUAUCCGCUUUCAUCAAAGUACUAUGAUGAAAGGUAUGAUUGAAGGAGGUGCUAAACAAGUUAUGAAAGAGGGUUAUACACAAUUCUCCGAUUUCCUUUCUAAGAAAUACAAAACUCUGGAUUCUGUCGGUUUCUUGGACAAAGAUCAGAUUCUCGCGACAUUGUCAGAACAGAAGUCUGAUCUGAAAUCAGCUUUCCGAUACUUCUGGAGAUUCCACGUCAUCUGUCCCGUUGUUAUGUUUUUGUACGUUAUGGCGCAUAUUCUGCAAUGUGAACCCAACAAAGUCCAAGGUUUCGAGUUCUGUGGACUUGAUUUGCCCGACAGUCUCGGAGAGCUUUUCACGGUCGUAGUACUCGCCCUUCUGUUGCAGCGUGUGUAUAGAACGAGUCUGCAUUUUAUACAAGCUAAAGUGCAUGAUCGAGGAAGUGAUCAUGGAAGCAAAGCCACUGGCAAAGGAUGGAUUCUCACAGUAGCUUUGAUCAAGAGCAUGGAUUUGGCUUCGGUGACGAGGGCCGAGCUUUCUGAUCCCUACGUCGUUUUCACAUGUCGUGGGAAAAGACGAACGAGCUCUGUAAAACUUCAAACUCAAGAUCCCGAAUGGAACGAGGUAAUCGAGUUUGAUGCAAUGGAAGAACCGCCGUCGGUGUUAGAUGUCGAGGUUUUCGAUUUCGAUGGUCCAUUGGACGAUGGUGAAUCUCUCGGGCAUGCGGAGGUUAAUUUCUUGAGACAUUCAUCGGAUGAACUCGCGGAUUUAUGGGUUCCUCUAGAGGGUAAUCUUGCAAAAGCUUCCAAAUCAAAGCUUCACUUGAGGAUCUUUCUGGAAAACAACAAUGGGAUUGAAGCAAUGAAGAACUUCUUCAUUGAGGUGGAAAAGGAAGUCGGAACAAAGUUGAGUAUUCAGUCGCCACGGAAGAACUCGGCUUUCCAGAAGUUGUUUGGAUUGCCACACGAGGAAUUUCUUGUUAAAGAAUACACAUGCCAAUUGAAGAGAAAACUGCCACUGCAGGGCAAGAUCUUCCUGUCGGCAAGAAUCGUGGCGUUUUGCUCCAGCUUUUUUGGGCAUAAGACCAAGUUUUACUUCCUCUGGGAAGAUAUCGACGAAAUCCGAGUUCUUCCUCGAACGUUUUCUUCUUUGCUGCUCAUCAUCCUGAAACAAGAUCGAGGUCUUGACGCGAAACACGGGGCGAAGUCUCGAGACGAGAAAGGAAGACUUUGCUUCUAUUUCCAAUCGUUUGUUACAUUCUAUGCAACCUGCAGGAUAAUCAUGGCUUUAUGGAAGAAAAGGAUGUCAAGAACAGAGCAUAUGGAAGAAGAAGAUACAAUGGAGACAGCAUUCUUUCCUAAAACAAGAUGUUUCAAAUGCGGCAGGAAUUCGAGAUUUCGAAGGUUUACAAGUGUGAAUUAGGGACGAGCCGUAGUUAAGGUUGUCGGGAAUCUGGCGAUGAACUCGUUGCCUUUCGCAGGUAAGUUUCGAUUUUUACGGAGGCAGCCACUCGCUCACGACACAAGUCUUCUGCCUCCGACAGUGAAGGGUGGAUCGUGAACGAGGUUGUUCCCCAACACAAACGCAAAAGAGAGUGUUUCCAGUCCUUUGAUGUGUAUGUACUGCUGGAAAAAAAAAAAAAUAUAUAUAUAUAUAUAUAUAUAUAUGGAAGAAACGAAUCCUUAAUAUAUGUCGAAACUCGUAGAAAAUGUGGAAAUUCGGAUAUAGUUUUA